AUGGCCAGUAAGGGCCCCCGGCCUGCCUGCGUCGAAGAUUACGACGAAGAACACCACGCCAUCCUACCCGACACUAGGCUUUCUGCCAAUAUUGCUGCCAAUACAGCUGCCAAAAUAUCCUCCAGGUUGGAAAGAUUCCAGGAGCCGCUGAUCGACGCCGCCAGUGACUCAGGUUAUUCUAGUCGCACCGCCGCUACGGUUAAUAGCACCCAAUCUGGGCCGUCGGGCGGAAAAAGUCCUCCGAUCCCUCAUAAGCUGGACGCCCCCAAGCGUAACGACCUCGCAAGGAAAAGUUCAACCAGAGAACGCAAGGACAAAGAACGAAUACGACCCUCGCGCGAAGAGAAGAUGGUUGGUGCCUAUCCGGGCGCUGCCCAUCAUACUCACGUGCCCCGGUCGUCGUCCAAGUCCCGUCGAGAACCCUCCCAUGCCCGCCAAUAUCACGACAGUUACUACGAUUACGGUAUUCAAUACCAUCAAUCAACCCCGGUUGACCAUCGACAGAGUGAAUAUUCCUACUACCAGCCACGUCCACCAGUCCCGGAAUACUCAUCUUCCCCGCACAAUGCUCGAUAUCCAGCCGGUGUCACAGAGAACAUUCACGUCAGUCACCCUAGCCGAUCCAGCCGCUCCAAUUCAUAUCACACCUACCACCCAAACGGACGACCCAUGAGUUUCCACGGCAUGCCACAUGGAAUGAGUCCAGGAAUGCCGUCUCCAAUGUACCCCCAGCACGGAUACGAUCAUGGCCCUCCACCAGCCAGCUCAGCAUACAUGCACCAAUACUCGUCAUCUCCAUACGGACAAAACUCCUACUACGCCCCAUCAGCCUCGGACUAUCCACCAUCGGAGUAUCCACGAGAGCGGUCUCGGUCCCGGGAGCCAUCACGCCGUCGGUCCUCAUCUAUAUAUACUGCCCCAAACCCCCCACCCAUGGACUCCGGGUCGUAUGCACCAUGGUUUGAUGAGGAGCCACCUAUGGAACACUAUUCCUCCCGGGAAAUCCGUGAAAUCCGUGAACGUCCUCCUACAAGACACCAGGAACAGGAUGAAGACUACUAUCGGAUGCCACCCCCAGGAGCAAAGCCCAAGCCCAGGCCGCAGAUUCACCAAGCUAAGCGACCGGAGCGGUCUGAGCCACUACGGAAAAUGCAUCCCUCUGCCGACCGCAUGGACAUGCCGGAACUUGCAGCUGCCUUGCCGGUGAUUCAGGAUCGCCCCCAUCGUCGGAUGUCAAGGGACGCCCCGUUGCCAGAGAGAACUCAUAGCCUACGAGAUCACCGACGAUCAACAUCCUACCAGGAUGAUCGACGGGCUGCUCAGGUGGCCGUGGCGAGCUCUCGGCGGCGGAAGCCAACCGAGUACUACUACGAGGAACCAUCCAGCGCCGGCGGCGACCUCGAAGACCGCGAGCGCGAAGCUGAGAACUACCAGGCAGCCCGAUCCGGCCGAACCUCAACGGCUGCACUGCCUCUCUCCACAGAGGCCUUGCUCCCUGCCAAAGCGUCUCACCGCAACGGGAACGGGAGCGAGAGCGGCAGCCAGAAUAGUCGUUCGAGCCGCGGCAGUGCCACACCCUCACGGAAGGAGGAAGACAAGAACAUGACCCUCACGUUGAACGGAUUCCAAAUUGGAUUUACAUCUGAAGCAGUCGCAGGGAAAUCUAUUAACAUUCGUGCUGGGGACACCGGGGCUGUUCGGUUGAACAUCGGCGGCCCGCGGCCAUCCAAGCAGCAUGUGAAUGGUACCAGCUCUGAUUACGCAGGCGGCUCCAGCCGUCGGGAACUCGAAGAUGUGGUGCGGCGUCCCCGGGACGGUGGGCGGUCUGAACGAUCUAGUCGUCGAGAUAGUCGGUCAACCUACGGGACUACUCGCUACCACUGA